AUGCCCACGUACCCCCAUCCGGGUCGUCUCAAGAUUCACCCGGGGAACGCCAAGGGGUGUGACGUCAUUAGGAGGGUUGGGGAAAAGGUCAUCGCGAAGUAUAUAAGUGAAGGUGAAAUCCCUCAGCCAGGCAGUGUCUCUUCGGACUUUACCUUAACGAGAGGGUCUUACAUCGACGUUGCUUUCUCCCGUUUUUUAGGAAUCGUCAUCUUAUCAACAAACAUGUCUUUCGCCAAAACCAGUUUCGUCUUGAUCUUAUGCGUUGCCCUGUGCAGUGGGGGUCCCCUUGCCAGUGUUCUUAAUCUUGAAGAUGCGACAGCUCCCGUGGCAAGACUAGUGAAAAGGAGUCCUCAAUAUCAUACAAUAAACAGCAGUCGACGAUGCAGAGGAGCUAGGAAUAUAAGCUGUGACCCCAACCUUCCUCCUGUUCUGUGCCGUCCCUACGCCCUAUCUCUCUGCCAAGAUACCGAAUUUAUCAACGUUAAUAUCUAGAAGAGAAGAAAUGGGCGAUAAAGAUGGCAAAAGGCGACGAGAGAGGGAAUGGAGAAGACAAAGAGAAUGAGAGAAUGUGUGGAUGUUUACUAUUUUUUUUUCUCUCGAGUUAUCAAGUUGUAUAUUUCUCUGUGAUAUUUUCGAAGUUUCUUGUGUUUCUUAUUUAUGUUGAUGUGAUUUUGUGUUUUCUCUCACUUCACCUUUUUACAAAAGUAUAAUACAAAAAAAAUAGCUUUAAUAAAGUUAUAUGUUAUUAUUGAA